GGAGCGAGAGGUGUCGCUGACGGCUGCCCGACGCCGAGGGGGCUCGGUUUUCCGACGCCGUUGGUUCGAGUCUCCAGGGAACCCCUCCGCCAGUCGUUGUGGACCCUACCGUCUCUAAUGCAAUACGUUCCCACGCAGAAUAUUCAGGCCCACUCGAACCAAUUUAUACACCCGCAUUUCGGCUAUGUGAUCCUGGUGUUUAUCUAUAGCUGGGUCAUGUUGGCCUACCUGGGAUUGAAAGUGGGCCUUGCCAGGAAGAAAUACAAUGUCAAGUAUCCAAACAUGUACAGUGAUAAGGAUCCACUAUUCAACUGCAUCCAACGAGCACAUCAAAGUACGGUGGAGAUAUAUCCUCAGUGGCUGAUCUUCCAACUGAUAGCUGGAGUUGUCUAUCCGAUCACUGCUUCUUUGCUUGGCAUCAUCUGGGUAACCAGUCGAUUUACAUAUGCAUGGGGAUAUUACUCAGGAGUGCCAGAGAGAAGAAUGAAUGGUUCCUACGGAUACAUUGGUCUACUGGGAGUUAUUUUUCUGUCUAUAGUUGUCGCAUUUAAAACCCUUAUUUCAUCAGGAUGAAAAGAGUAAUUUUAACGCUACUACUGUGAUGAACGUAAGAAAAUCAGUGACUGACAGCAUGGCUGCAGUUCUCUAGUACUUUACAUACUCAGCCAGUUUGAAAUGAGGAUUAUCUUCACCACCUCUUUGUUUAAUGACUAAUCCCUUUUACCAUUGUUAACCAUCGAUGGGUGUUCUCUUUAAACCAUUCAUAAGCAUUCCAUUGUGAUUAGACUUUGUGGGACAUGUUUUCAUACUUUCUGAUCAUUUAACAAAAAUGAUGCAUUGCAAAUUGUAGAACAGUUGUAUUUUAUACAAACUAGGCAUUUAUAGUUGAAAUCCCAAAUAAUUGAACUGGCUGUUACAUACCCUUAGCUGGAGUGAAGAAGAAUUCUGUUACAGCAGAGAAUGUAAUUCCCAAUUUAAACUUAUUGUGUAAUCUUGAAUUAAAUUUAACUUUGACUCUGACCUCAGGUUUCUCUGCUCCCAAAGGUACUCAAUAUUUGAAGUUUUCAAUACGACCUCAACAGCAGAAUGUAUUAUGAUGUCUUGAAAUUAAAUCAAAUCAAAAGACAAACAAAAUGGCAAAGUGCACAUCAAGCUGAUGAACAGGGGUAAUUUAAAUAUUCAUAACCUGAAAAGUUACUUCUGAACAAUGGAGGUUUUUUUAAAAAAGAAAUUUUCAUUGUUCUUUACCUUUCCAGUUUCAGUUGUUAUUAACUUUAUUAACAUCAUUAAAAGCCAUUAGUUUAACUUUUUGCAGAUUAAAUAAUGAAAUGCCUCAAGGUAUAAUUUUGUCUUGCUUAGCUUUCUAUAAAACUCUUCUUGUAACCAUUUAUCAGGAUCCUAUAUGAUUAAGAAAUGUUUAAACUAAUGUUUGUUUGGGAAUAAAAUCUUACUGUAGCUGUAUGUUUCACCUCAUUUCUA